AAAACUUUUGGCAAUAUUGUGUAUAUGGCCCUAAAGAAAGAGUAGUUGAGGACGUCAGCUCCAAUAGGCAGCCGCAGUGUAUGAGGCGUCUACGUAUAUUAUGUCGAUGCCUGCAACAGCAUUCAUCCUCGCCGAUUUCAAAAAACUAGCAGAGGUUUCGUCAACCAACAACCUCUGCACUUCCAUUCUCAGUUUUCAAAAUAAAGGUACAGUAAGAGGUAAAAUCAUAAACAUUCUUGUGAAAAAAUAAGAAUACAAGGUCCACAUUAUCUAUUCAGCGAAAAUCAUUAGUCAACCAAAACGAAAGGCACAAAAAGAGUUCUUUAGUAAUAUUUGACUCCAGUUUAGUAUUGACAUCCCUGUUUGUGUACGUGUGUGUGUAUGUGUGUAUGUGUGUAUGUUUCACUUCCAUGAUGUGUCCACCACUCCUCAGACAGCUACUGAUACAUCGAACAUCAGACAGAAAGCUCAGCUGAUUCACGUUAUGGAGUGGGAUAGUUAUGUCCCUUUGCUAAAGCUGAUGAGUUCUCCCAGUCUGAGUGAAUUGGGCCGAUCAGAGAGAUCUGCAGCACUGGACGACCAAAACAAUCAACAGCACAGAGCAGGAACCAAUGCUACAUGGAACAGCAUCCAGAAUGCCGUGAUCUCCGUGUUCCAGCGUAAAAAUCUGUCAGAGAAUGAACUUUACACACUGAAUGAAGGGGUCAGACAGCUCCUGAAGACUGAACUGGGAUCUUUCUUUACAGAGUAUCUGCAGAACCAGCUUUUAACAAAGGGAAUGGUAAUUCUGCGUGAUAAAAUCCACUUUUAUGAGGGUCAAAAGUUGCUGGAUUCUCUGUCAGAAACAUGGGACUUUUUCUUCUGUGAUGUUUUGUCCACGCUGCAGGCAGUUUUUUAUCCUGUCCAGGGUAAGGACCCAUCAGUGCGGCAGCUGGCACUGUUGCAUUUUAGGAAUAUUAUUACACUUAACAUAAAACUGGAGAAUGCGCUUAUGCGCCCGCGUGCCCGAAUCCCUCCGUCAAUCAUUCAGAUGCUGCUGAUCCUUCAGGGGGUUCAUGAGUGUAAAGGUGUGACCAGUGAUUACCUAAAGCUGGAGUCCCUUUUGCAGAAGGUUGUUUCACCGUAUCUGGGUACCCAUGGCCUUUUUUCCAGUGACGGCUCUGGUGCCCAGUGCUCAUGUGUGUUGGAGAAACGGCUUCAAUGCAGGAGGCCACAUUCUAGCACUUUACCUACAAAGAACCUUGUGGUUCGCUCUAAAAGCUACAACAUACCCAUACUGACACCUGUGGCCGAAUACGACUCAGAAAGCAGCGGAGUGAGCGUCCGAAGGCAUUCGGUUUGUCAAAUGACUUCCUGUCUGGAGGAAACUGCCUUCGCUGAGAUCCCUCCCAUGUCAUCCUUUCCCUCCCAUGCCGAGGAUUCUGAAGAUGUGGAGAAUCACACUCCUGCCUCUUCUUCACCCAUAUUCACCGACCUCUGCUUCAACAGUGUCCAGGAACCAGGAGUUCACCAGGACAUCUCCGUUCCCAGCCGUUCGUCCAGUCCAGAGACUGUUGUGGAUCAGAUUCUGGACUCGGACAAUGAGGGAAUAUUUAUCCACUUCCGCCGACAGCAUUCAAGCUCGCCCGAGUUUAGCCGCAGAAGUGAGAGUGUGGAGUAACCGCUGAGUCCAACAAACCAAUUCACUGUCUCCACUUUAUCAGACAAUUAUUGUUUAAAGUUUGUCGAAUUUGCAGAUUUUUUUCUUGGACCCUGGGUGUGUUCAGAAAAUCAGAAUAGCCAGCAUAGUAUGCAUUUCAGUUCACUCAAGUUUGUAGGCAUGCAGUACUGAUCUUGAUUCAUUUACUUGGCUUUUUAAAGAAAACAACUAUAUGUAACAAUAUACAAUUGUAUAGAAUGUACUACUGUGUUAAUGUUUAUUGUAAAACACUGAUGUUUUAACUGUGUAGUCUGACACUGUCCUAAUAAACCAUUAAUAGGAAUUAUUCAGGUCUG